GAAAUAACCGUUUCUUUGUGGUGAAGCAAACGAAAACAAAAAGUUCAAUGAUAACGAGCUCAGUGAUUCGUGAUCAAAAUCAACCUCAUUUCAGAUGAAGAACUUGUUCAUUGUGCAGGUGACUGGAUGUUGAAAAAUGUCGCUGGAACCUAUAGUCCUGGUUCAUGGUGGUGCUGGCGAUAUACCAAGAGAACGUGUAGAGGGUAAGCUAGAGGGUGUGAGGUUGGCUGCUACAAUUGGUUACAGAAAGCUCCAGGAAACUGGAAACGUUUUGGAUGCAGUAGAGGAGGCAGUACGCAGUAUGGAACUAGAUCCAUACUUUAAUGCAGGAUAUGGAUCAGUGCUGACUUCAGAUGGUAAUGUCGAAAUGGAAGCAAGCAUUAUGAAUGGGGCUACUCUACGCGCAGGAUGUGUCUCAUUGGUGAACGAUAUUUACCAUCCAAUUAGCUUGGCAAGGAAAGUAAUGAAAACCCCACAUAAUUUCUUGGCUGGUGAUGGGGCUAUGCGUUUGGCCGAACAAGAGGGCAUCCAGAAACUAGAACCUGGCCAGUUGGUUACAGAUUACGCUCGUAUUGCUUUAGAAGAAUGGCGGGAGGGUCAACUGAGAGGUGAAAUGGAAUAUGCCCGCACAGAGAUUGGUGCAAAAAACAAAUAUAAAGAUAAAGGAGAAUUUGGAACAGUAGGCGCUGUAGCUAUCGAUAUUGAAGGUAACAUUGCAGUUGCUACUUCUACUGGUGGAAUUACAGGUAAACUACCAGGUAGAGUGGGUGAUACACCCUUGGUUGGAGCCGGAACUUACGCAGAUAAUCGAGUUGGAGGUGUGUCCACCACCGGUCAUGGCGAAACCAUCAUGAGAUAUUCUUUGGCACAUGAAAUUCUCAAGAGAAUAGAGUUCCUUGGACAAAGUGCCCAGGAAGCUACAAAAAAUUCCUGCAGAUCUAUGACUGAGCGUUUGAUAGGAACGGCAGGGGCUAUAACCAUUGAUUUUGAAGGCAGAGUUGGAAUUUCCUUUACAUCCGAACGCAUGGCAUGGGCUUAUCUUAAAGGAAACACUAUGCAUUACGGAAUUGAACAAGACCAACAUCUUACACAACGCGUUUGAAAUUGACAAGACUGCCUGUGAACUUACCGCGAAUCCAAUCGAUGAUAUUUGUAUUUGAAUCCCAACCUUAAUUGUAAAUGAUCUAAUUGCCUUCGAAAAAUAGAUCUCAUUUUCGGGAACUAAAUCGAAACUCGAACCGCAA